AUGCCUUAUCUGAAACUUCGAGACGGUGCCGAACUCUUCUACAAGGACUGGGGCAACCCCAAGGGAGAAAUUGUCACUUUUUCACACGGAUGGCCUCUCAGCAGCGACAACUGGGAGAGUCAGAUGGUUUUCUUAGUUAAUCACGGAUAUCGUGUGAUUGCCCACGACCGGCGUGGCCAUGGACGUUCAACUCAGAAUUGGACUGAACAUAACAUGGAGAUAUACGUGGAUGAUCUUCAAGAGCUUUACAAGCAUCUUGACAUCAAGAAUGCUAUGAUCGUCGGACACUCGCACGGAGGAGGCGAAGUCACUCGCUUUCUCGGGAAACACGGCACAAGCCGAGUGAAGAAAGCUGUCCUCGUUGGAGCAGUGCCACCUCUGAUGUUGAAGACAUCAGCCAACCCAGAGGGAACCGAAAAGUCUGUCUUUGAUUCGUUCAGAGAGGCGAUGAGUAAAGAUCGUGCCCAAUUCUUCUUGGACGUUCCGACUGGGCCUUUCUUUGGUUUUAACCGACCUAAUGCGCCGAAGAGCGAGGGUCAAAUUCGAAGCUGGUGGGAGCAAGGGAUGAGAACGAGCUUCAAGGCCGCAUAUGAUUCCAUCAAGGACUUUUCGGAAACAGAUUUCACCAAUGACCUGAAGAGCAUCGAUGUUCCUGUUCUUGUUCUUCAUGGCGAUGACGACCAAGUCGUGCCUAUUGGUGCAGCUGGGCUGAAGUCGGCAAAACUUCUACCGCAAGGAAAACUUAAGAUCUAUCCUGGAGGUUCUCAUGCUAUUCACAACAUCAACGUUGAUGAGAUGAACAAAGAUUUACUGGAUUUCAUAAAGUCUUGA